CUCACUUGGCAGCUAUGGUCAUUGUACCUUACAAGAUGACGUUCAGGACCUGGAUAGUUUGAUGGCAUCCCUCAUUGAAAGAUUUGGGAAGCUAUACAAACGGAAGCCGAAGUUUGUGCUCAUGGGUCACUCCACAGGUUGCCAAGACACUGUUACCUAUCUAAAAAGCGGGAGGUACGCGACCUUUGUGUCGGCCGUGAUUCUACAAGCGCCCGUCAGCGACCGGGAGUAUUUCACUGACAGCAGUACUACUAAGUAUUUGACACUCGCUAGGUCGAUGAUUAAUGAUGGGAAGGCCAAGGAAAUGAUGUGCAGAGAGGCAUGGGACGUACCCAUUACAGCAGAGCGAUAUGCCUCGUUGCUAGGUAGUUGAGUACACUGGCGGUAUGCGUGUGUGCUGCAGGAAACGUAUACAUGCGCCCGACUCUGGAAAUCUUGAAUCCCUUUAAUUGGUCAAGCGG